AUGCACGGCCCCCUUCCCGGUCUGAUUCAGGUCUCUCACGUAUCCAUUGACGUGAGGGCUUCUUUCUCCGGCCACUCCUCCUACUCCCCUCAUUCAAAUUCAACCAUCUCUUUACCUACACCCCCUUCUCACAAAUUUGCAAACUUCUUGCCCACACCCCAAAUGAACCGAGGGAUGACAGGUAGAGAUUCAGAUCACAAUGAAGAUUCACCUCCCUAUAAGAGUGAUCAAUCAUGGUCUGUACUAUAUGGGAUGGAAUACUUACUGAAAUUUCACGGUCUUACUGACCCGUCCGGGCUGUUGCGACUCCAUGAGGAAGAACAGGUCAGUGUAGCAGAGAUUAAAACCCUCAACUACCCGGCCCAACCAACCCUAGGAAAACAGCAGCUCAAAAAAGAAGGGACAAAAUCUUCGAAGGACACAACCCUGACACAUAAGGCAGAUGCUGUGGGUGGGAAAAUACUUGAGCCCUCUCCAGAAUCCGUACCAAAGUGGGUUGAGCCAAUUGAGUAUCCUAUACAAAUGAAGGCAGAGGCCAUAUCCAUCAGGUCCCAAAUUGACACUUCCUCCCUCGAUGCCGACAUUCAUCAACGUUUGCAAAACUUCCUCGGUACCCAGUGGAUUCGGGAGACUGCAGAAUCGGGAUUGCGGGGGAGUGGUGAUUUCCCACCGCAGGCGGAUCUCGCUGAAGCUUCUACAAAGUUGCUUCAAGAUGUUUUCAUGGAUUUUGAUGAGUCUAUGAGGCGCCCAACCAUACUUCUCAACUGGGCAUUUCCUGAGGCGUCUCUCCUGAUUUUGGCAGAAGCAUCACAAAAGGGGCUUUCACAUACUAGGAUUCUCACAGCUCACAUCCCGGUAGAUGAUCCUGAACUUGCCAGUGAAAUCCUGUGGUACAGCAUGGCCACACACCGAGUGACUGAGGCGCACACUGCUUCCAAGCAUAAACCAUCCUUGCCAGAGGAUAGCAUAUCAAUGCAGUGGAACCAACAAAUACUCCCCAGAGAAUGUAAAAAGCAGACAGUGAAGGGUGUCACUAAGCACUUUCAAUCUUUGGGAACGACUCGGAGGACAUUUGAACUAGCAACUCAGGGCGGCUGGUACAACACUAAUACCCAUUGGGAGCUAUGCACCAACUAUCCUGAUGUGGUUUCAAAAGCUUUCAAAAAAGCGGGUGUCAUGUAUCAGGGGGGAGGGUUGCCGGAGGAGGAAAGCAAGGCCAUCAGUACAGAAGGAUAUUCAAAGAAUCAGAUUAAUACAGGGAAGAGCGAGGCCAUGACCUCUACAGUCGACCAGUCAUCAGACAAACGCGCUGUUGAAGCACCUGGUGUGGUAAGGGGGGGACCAACACCCAGCUUGACAACUGGGACAGAGGAAGGCCUAAAGACAGAUAAAAAGAAGAAGAAGAAGAAGAAGAAGAAGUCAACAAUUUCACUACUUGAAUCAGCCGAUUCAAAUGCAGGCCACUCAGUAGCAACUAGUGCGCCAGCCAACUCUGGGCAACCAAAAGUCAGAGUCUGUGACAGUCCAAACCUGUCACAACACUCUGCGGUUAGAGUGUCUGAAGCUCGCCUUUGGAGUGAGCUGGCAGAUGAACUACAAGGACAUCCCCCACAAAAUUAUGGGAAGAAUGAGAAUUGUGGUUAUAUUCCAGCAAAUACCUUCAAGGUCUUGUCUAAUGCAUGGGAUAGAGAGACCCCUGAUUCUGCAAAGGCAAAUGCUAUUCUGAAGGAAAUGCUAAGGCUGGCAGCAGUCUGUGACACUGAGAGAGAUUGGCGUAUUGCAACAGUCACACACUUGAAACCAGAGACAAAGCGCUCUUUGAAAGAUCAGAUAUUGAGGGAAAAUGAUGUGGGUACUGUUGGUUUGGACUUUUGCGACCUUGAGGGACCUUAA